UUGAUCGUCCUCGGGGUGCAGUUUCCUUCUUCCUGUCCUGGGCCUCCAUCCUAAGGGAGAGUCGCCUGGCUAAAGUCCGUGUGACUCCUGCCCGGAAGAUGACCUCUUGGGGCCAUCUCAGCCCCCAGGAGCACCCUCAAGGGAUGAGGAGGCCCCCCGGAACUUUGGCUCCUCCUGGGCUGAACUCCCCGGACAUCCUGGAUCAGCUCCGGCAGCAGUUUCCCAGACUCCCCCUUCACCUGACGGCGCAGGUGGAAAGCACGUACCACGCGCUGCAGAAGAUCCGGCAAGGCCUCCAGGAACAUCACAAGCAGGAGGCGGCCGGGAGCCAGGCUGGCCGGGACUCCUGGGGACCGGCCAGCCCCGCGGCGUCCCCGAACGCAGCGCUCCCAGCCCCGCAGCGCUCCAGCCUCCAGGGGCCGCACUGGGAGGACGUCGUGGCCACUAGGUCCUCAGACUGGCUCACGCAGUGCCCGGGGGUGGACGCCGCCCCCGCCCGCCAGCCGGACCCGGAGCUCCGGCUCUGGCAGGACGUCCUGACCGAGCAGCUCUGGCACAUCUUUGCCGGGACCCACGAUACUGGGGAGCGGCCGCAGCACAGGCCGACAGAGCAGGCGUCAGGCACGGAGAGCCAGGACCCAGGACCAAGCUACGCGGGACAGGAACAGCGGACCGAAGACACUUUGGUUCUCAGCCCCCCGGUGCCCUCCCUGAGCUCCCCUGAGGGAUCCCGCGAAGGGAGCACAGAGCCGGGCACCGAGGCCGAGGGGAUGCUCUCCCGCGUGGCCCAGGAGCCUGCCAGACCCUGCCGUUUCCUGAAGCCCUUAUGCUGGGACCCCGAGGACUUUGAGGACACGUGGAAGAGACCAGACGCCUUGCCCUGGCAGUCCAAGAAGCGGGCCAUCCCGCACCGAGUGGAGAAGGUGCGGACGCUGAAACACGGGGAGCCCGUGCUGGCCACGGCCGUCAGCAGCUUCCUGCGACACGCCUUCACCUGCGGCAGGGCCGGCGUCAAAGUGUGGAGCCUGGCCGGCCAGGUGGCCGAGGACAGGUAUCCCGAGAGCCACCUGUGCGCGCAGGUGAGGGAGGGGCGGGCCGCUGUGGGGGCGGGGCCUGCGGGAGCCCGGAGCGUGUGCGCCGAGCACGAGGAUGGCCCGCGUCUCCGCCCACCGCAGACCCACCGGGCCUACCUGCGCACCUGCCUGCUGUCCCCCGACAGCACCACCCUGCUCACCGGUGGCCACAACCUGGCCGGCGUGGCUGUGUGGGACCUGACCGCGCCCUCCCUGCACGUGAGCUGCGAGCUGCCCUGCGCCGGCCUCACCUGCCAGGCCCUGGCCUCCAGGCCUGAGGACAGCCUGGCCUUGGCUGGUUUCACCGACGGCACAGUCAGGAUCUGGGACCUGCGGCACCAGAGUGUCAUCAGGGACCUGCCGGGCCACCCCAAUGGGGCCAAGAGCAUCGCUGUCAAAGACCAGAGCGUCUGGACAGGGGGUCUGGAUACCUGUCUGCGGUGCUGGGACCUGAGGGCCGCCGGGGAGCCCCAGGAAUACCAGUUCGAGUCUCAGAUAAUGAGCCUGUCCCCUAGUCCCCAAGAGGACUGGGUGCUGGUGGGCACAGCCAAUGGCCAACAGUGGCUGCAGCCCACCCGAGGGGGCCAGAAGCACAUGGUGGGAUGUAAAGACAGCACCAUCUUGGGUCUGAAGUUCUCACCCCUCGGCCAGUGGUGGGUGAGCGUCGGGAUGGAUGACCUGGUUGGCGUCUACAGCAUGCCCGCGGGGACCAUGGAGUUCCAGGUACCUGAGACCUCUGCCGUCCUGUGCUGUGACGUGUCCCCCAAUGGCUGCCUGAUCGUCACCGGGUCCAGGGACCGCGCCUCGGUGUACCAGGUCACCUACUGAGGGCCACGGUGCCGUGGUCCUGACUCGGGGCCCUUGUUUUUGGUCUUUUUUCCCCCCAAUAAGGUGGAGGGGUGUGGCAGGCGGGCCGGGCUUCCCCCGAGUCGCACAGUUGGCCGGCGAUCUUUGUCACGUGUAAUAAAGCAACUGCAAACA